GGCGGUAGGGUCCCGGUGGAGGAGUCGCUGUGUCUCGGCUUCGUGGUGUGGAGCGACCGCCGAGGCAACGGGAACAAGUGUGCCGCGGAACUACUACUCCCAGAGCAGCCUGGGCCUUCCAUCUCCGCCCCCCAGCGCUCUCAGGCGCCAAGCACUACAACUCCCGGCAUGCCGUGAAAUUGAUGGCCGAGCCUCUGGGGCGGCAUUCUGCCCUCCCACCCGCCCCGCUCUCCCGCUCCGUCCCCGCCGCUGCCCCCGCCGCGCGCGGAGCGGGGACACGAGCCAUGGAGGAUACGCCGCCCCCGGGCUGCAGCAAGCCGCACCUGGAGAAGCUGACCCUGGGGAUCACCCGCAUCCUAGAGUCUUCCCCAGGUGUGACAGAGGUGACUAUCAUAGAGAAACCACCUGCUGAACGUCAUAUGAUUUCUUCAUGGGAACAAAAAAAUAACUGCGUGCUACCUGAGGAUGUGAAGAAUUUUUACCUGAUGACCAAUGGCUUCCACAUGACAUGGAGUGUGAAGCUGGAUGAGCACACCAUUCCAUUGGGCAGCAUGGCGAUUAACAGCAUCGCAAAACUGACUCAACUCAACCAGUCUUCCGUGUAUUCACUCCCAAAUGCACCAACGCUGGCAGACCUGGAGGAUGAUGCACUUGAAGCCAGUGAGAACCAGCCAGAGAAGCCUCACUUUGAUUCUCGCAGUGUGAUAUUUGAGCUGGAUCCUUGCAAUGGGAAUGGGAAGGUUUGCCUUGUCUACAAAAGAGGGAAACCAGGCAAGUUAACAACCUAAAAACCUGAAUGAGUAGACCUCAAUCUAAGACCUCAGAUGAGAAAUCAAGAGGAAAAGGCUCUGGUCCCUGGAGCAGCAGCUGUCACCAGUUCAGGCCCUGCCCUGGGGACUGUGGACAAGGCCCAGCCCUCUUCACAUAGCUCUCAGUCUGUCGGGGUGAGAAGAUAGAGACGCCAGGAUUUUACUCCUAGAGGAAGGAGGGACCGACUUUGCAAAGUAG